AUGGGAAGCGGCUCCGCACGGGUGGCCAGGACCGUGGUGUCCUCGUCACCUGGCCGUGACCCAGGUAGCAGCUGGUCGUCCGGAGUAUAUUCCGGAAGCUCGGCCCCGGGCCUGCUCCUCCGGCCCCGCCAGCAAAGCCGGGUGUGGCCUGCCUGCUCUCGCGAGAUCUUCCUGGUGCGGGACCGGAUGCGUAUCCUUUCCAUAGCGUCCCUGGCUGGAGGCCAGAGUCAGGUGUGA